AUUGAUGAAUCGGUCAUGUUUGAGCCUUCCUCUCCUUCUUCUUUAGGACAAAAACAUGUUGCAGAGAGCAGCGAGCAAUGCGUAUUCAUGGUGGUGGGCCAGCCACAUCCGCACAAAGCAGUCCAAAUGGCUCGAACACAAUCUUCAAGAUAUGGAAGAGAAAGUAGAGUAUACUCUUAAGAUCAUAGAUGAAGAUGGAGACACCUUUGCCAAAAGAGCUGAGAUGUAUUACCGUAAAAGGCCAGAGAUCGUUAAUUUCGUGGAGGAGGCCUUUCGAUCAUACCGUGCAUUAGCUGAACGCUACGAUCAUCUAUCUAAAGAGCUUCAAAGUGCAAACCGCACAAUCGCCACAGCGUUCCCUGAACAUGUUCAGUUCCCUUCCGAUGAUGAUGAGGAUGAAAAUGAAGAUUACGAAGGGAAUCCAAGGAAACCGCAUCUUCAUCUAAUUCCCAAGGGAAGCAACAUACCUGAAGUCCCGGACAUUCCAAAGAAAGAAUUCAAAGGCCAAUCUAUGAUGUUGUCAAGAAAAGGACCAGCUGGUCCUUCUGCUUUCGCCAAGCGUGAAACAGCGGUUGUUAGUUCAGGAUUGAGUAAAGAAGAGGGCUUGGAGGAGAUUGAUAACCUUCAGAAAGGGAUCUUGGCGUUGCAGACGGAGAAAGAGUUUGUGAGGAGCUCAUAUGAAGAGUCUUACGAGAGGUAUUGGGAUUUGGAGAAUGAAGUGGCUGAGAUGCAGAAGAGGGUUUGUAACUUACAAGACGAGUUUGGACUUGGUGCUGCGAUUGAUGAUAGUGAAGCUAGGACGUUGAUGGCGAGCACCGCGUUGAGUUCUUGUAAAGACACAAUAGCUAAGCUUGAGGAGAAACAGAAACAAUCUGUUGAAGAAGCGGAGAUUGAAAAGGGAAGAAUCACUAUUGCCAAAGAGAAGUUUGAUGCAUUGAGGAACAAAUUUGAGAAACCGGAAAGUGAGAAUCAUGAUGAGCUUAUUGAGACAGAACAAGAAGAAGCUGAUGUAGUUCAAGAACUUGAAGCUGAUGUGGUUCAAGAACUUGAAGCUGAGAGGGAAGAUUCAAAUGAGAAUCUUACUGUUGUGAAGCUUGUGGAGAAGAUUGAUGAUCUUGUGCAUAGAGUUGUUUCAUUGGAGACUGAUGCUUGUUCUCACACUGCAUUGGUGAAGACUUUAAGAUCAGAGACAGAUGGGUUACAUGAACAUAUCCGCGGUCUAGAGGAGGACAAGGCGGCUCUUGUUUCGGAUUCCGCUGAUAUGAAACAGAGGAUAACCAUUCUUGAAGACGAGCUGAGUAAAGUCAGAAAGCUAUUUCAAAAGGUGGAAGAUCAGAACAAGAGUCUACAGAAACAGUUCAAGGAGGCUAAUUGGACUGCUGAUGAUUUAUCUGGCAAGUUACAAGAUGUCAAGAUGGACGAAGAUGUCGAAGGAGACAGAAUGGUCCAGGAACUGCCAGUUGUUUCAGGAUCAGAAGAUGAUCUAAAGUCAAUCUCAAAGGAGGAGACAGAAAGGAAGAAAGAUGUCACUGAAGUUAAAGAGAACGAAGACAAUGAAGAAGAGAAACCUGAGACUAAAGAUUCAUUUGCAUUGUCAGAAACAGCAAGCACUUGUUUCGGAACAGAAGGAGAAGAUUUGGUAACAGAAUACGAAGACGAAGAUACACCAAACUGGAGACAGAUGUUACCAGACGGCAUGGAGGAUAGAGAGAAGGUUCUGUUAGACGAAUACACAUCAGUACUAAGAGACUACAGAGAAGUAAAGAGAAAGCUAGGCGACGUAGAGAAGAAGAACCGAGAAGGGUUCUUCGAGCUUGCAUUACAGUUGAGAGAACUCAAGGAUGCUGUUGCUUACAAAGACGUAGAGAUUCAAGCUUUACGCCAAAAGCACGACACGCCAGGGAAAGAUUCUCCUUCUCCACACCAUGUAGAAGGAAACAGCCAGCUGGAACAUGAUCAAGGACAACAGCAUGAGAGUGUCAGCAUCUCACCAACUUCAAACUUUUCGGUUUCCACUACGCCGCAUCAUCAAGCAGGAGAGGUGAAGAGAACACCAGCAAGGACUAAGUCUAGUGAGGUCAGGGUGAAAUUUGCAGACGUUGAUGAUAGCCCGAGAACAAAGAUUCCAACGGUGGAAGACAAAGUGCGUGCAGAUAUAGACGCGGUCCUGGAAGAGAAUCUAGAGUUCUGGUUAAGGUUUAGCACAUCGGUGCAUCAGAUACAGAAGUACCAGACAACAUUUCAGGAUCUGAAAUCAGAGCUGUCGAAGCUGAGAAUCGAAAGCAAGCAACAGCAGGAAUCUUCAAGAAGUGGUAGUAGCAGUAAGCACGCAGCUGCAUCAGAGGCAAAACCUAUCUAUAGACACCUUAGAGAGAUUCGAACAGAGCUGCAGCUAUGGCUAGAGAACAGUGCGGUUCUCAAAGACGAACUCCAGGGAAGGUAUACAUCGCUAGCUAAUAUCCAAGAAGAAGUCGCAAGAGUCACGUCUCAUUCUGGAGGUGGUAAAAUAAGUGACUCAGAGAUAAGUGGUUACCAAGCUGCAAAGUUCCAUGGAGAGAUACUCAACAUGAAACAGGAGAACAAAAGGGUGUCAAGUCAACUACAAUCGGGUCUUGAUCGUGUAAGAACGUUGAAGACUGACGUAGAGAAGAUUCUGGGUAAACUGGAAGAGGAUAUUGGGAUCUCAAGUGCAACGGAAGCAAGAACAACUCCGAGCAAGAGCUCGUCGAGUGGAAGGACGAGGAUUCCAUUACGGUCGUUCUUGUUCGGUGUUAAGUUAAAGAAACAUACAAAACAGAAGCAAGCUUCAGCAUCCCUCUUCUCUUGUGUCAGUCCAUCUCCAGCUCUGCAAAGACAGUCUAGUUACGUUAGGCAACCUGGAAACCUCCCUGAAUAAUCUCAUCAAUCAUCCGUCUGUUAUU